AACUGCUUACAUAACGUCAAAUUCAGCUGUCAAAUCAAGCAGCUGAUCAGCGAAAAUUUUACGAAAAUUAAUAUUUAUGUAAUUAUAGCAGUGGAACAUCUCAUUUGAGAUGCUGCGAAAGGUAGUUUUAGGGUCCGGGUUAUUGGCUUUGGUGCCUACUGUGAAGGCGGCAACUCCCGUGUCGAAUGAGCCGAGUGGUCCUGCGAAGCCUCCUCCCAUGAGGCCGCCUGACCUGCCCAUAUACGAAGCGCCACACGCUGAUUAUGGGGAGUUCAUAGAGUCCAAAUCAAAAGAACAGAAACCUGGUUACAUCAAAACUGCACUGCUGACUCCAGUGAAGGCGGUGCGAGAGCAGGUUCAAAAUGUUUGGGAACAAACAGACGCAGUUAAAAACACAGUGCAGGAGCACUACCAUGAGGCUAGAGAUAGAUCAGAUUGGAUUGUGCAAUACUUGCGUGAGGAAGAAAACAAGGAGGUGCGGUAUGGGGCGGUUGCAAUGGGAGGUCUCACUGGCUUCAUAUUUGGACUAAGGGGUGGAAUCAUCAGGCGACUGUUCUACACUGGCCUGGGUACCACCGGUAUGGGUCUAGUGUGCUUCCCAGAACAAACUAAAGAGCUGAUGAAGAGCAAUGGUGCACUCGCGAAACAGUACAUCAAUAUCGCAUACAACUUCUUAUAUGGAGUAAAACCGGGUGAUCCUCAACUCGAGGUCAAAUUCCCUGAGCUGUCUUUCCCCAAAGACUUCUCGGAGUUUGUCGACCUGACCGUGUCAAUGGCUGCAUCAGUGAAGCAGGCAGUCAUGCCGCCACCGUCUAAGGAACCCGACUCCAAGUCAGAGGAGAAAAAGGAUUAGAUUAUUUAUUUCGAGAAGACGUAGAAAGUCAAGCUGUUCCCAGUACGUAUACCUACCUAGUUACCUAGCGGUAGAUAGGCUCCCAGCUAGCUCAAAGAAUAUUUUUACCCCUAUGGUUUUUUACCUAUGAAAAUGUCACCAAGUAUUUCUUUAUUUUACAGCCACAUCUUAACUAUCAAGCAACAUACAAACAGCAAUGUAAACCUGUUAGUGAAAACUUAACUUAUUGUCUACUAGAAUACAGUGUAAAUUGAAAAUAAAUGUAUAUUUUUA